AUGUCCGAAACCAUCGAUAUCACGGUCGAGUUCACUGGUGGCCUAGAGAUGCUCUUUGACAAUGUGUCAAAACACUCCUUGUCGCUUGCCAAAGACGCUGAUGACGGGGAACCCCCUACUGUCGGAUACCUGGUCAAGUACCUUUGCAGUAAUCUGAUGAAAGACUCGAGAAAAGAGCUGUUUGUCCUCGACGGCAAUGUUCGACCAGGGAUUCUCGUUUUAAUCAACGACUCUGAUUGGGAACUCGAGGGCGAGGACAAAUACGAACUCGCCAACAAAGAUACUAUACUCUUCGUUUCUACUCUCCACGGUGGCUGA